UGGCUCCCUCCCCCUGUCCUCCACCUCUCCCCCUCUUGCUCCCAUCUCGCUCUUCUGGUUUACCCUCUAACUGUGUCUGCUCUCUGCAUCAUGAAGUGUGUAUCUGGAGUCUGGGGUCUCUCCGUGCUCCUGGCUCUAUGUUUAGGAUGGGCACAGGGCCAGAGCCAGAGCCAACCUGAGACUAACUACACCAGGUAGGGAAUAGGAGUGUAUUGGGCUUGUUGGUGUGUGUGCAAUGUAUGUUUGCAAGAGGCUUUACAGUGUGGAUGGCUCCAUUUGGAUAAAUGCACAGUGUAUUCAUCUGUGGCAAUAUCCAUUAUUUAUAUGGUUCAUAAUAUACCAUAACCAUAUACAGAGCGUGUAUGGUUUUGAGUGUGCCAUGUUCAGAUUUCAAGCAGUGUGCUCUGAACUCCCUAUCUGAGCUUUCUGCAUUUGUAUAUUAGCUUAGGGGUAUGGCAGUGUUUUUGUUGGGGUUGUGAAUGGUCCAUGGUGUUGAUGUGGUUGAGCUGCCCCAGAUGUUAGUGCUUUGGGGUCUGUAUGUCUGUCUGUAUGUGUCUGUGUGGGGUUGGAUCAGGACGGCUUGUCUCUGGCUGGACAUCUUGGCUUUCAUUAGCUUGCCUCUGUCUGCUGGAGUUCUGUAAGUCUGAGCUCCUAUAAUGUGACAGACUGGGAGCUUUCUCAAUGUGUCUGAGUUCAAGAUAUAGCCUUGAGUGUUGGCUGGACUCCUGGAAAAGCUAUUUUGUCCUCCGGUUGUGAUAAUGGUAACUGACUAAAUUUGUGGGUUUUAUUUGGUUUCUUCUUCAGUAUGUCUCUACCUAUUGAGCUGCUUUGAUGCUCCAUUACAGGGAUUAGGUUUUUCUGCCUUAGUUUUUUUGUGCACCUCUGUCUCCUGUACAGACAGUCUCCAAUGUGUCUGUCUGUCCCCAUGACUGUCUGUGAGGCCACUGGCAUACAAUUAUAUAUUUAUCAAUGAAAGUAUUCUGGUAUUAGUCUAGGUUUGGUAUUUUCCAGUUGGAAAAGGAGUUUGAAUUAAUUAUUUGAGCAGAUGUGGACGUGCAUGGGGUGAUGGGGAAGACUGGGUGGUUGGGUUAGAAACUGGGACAAGCAGAGGGGAGAAAUUUAAAAACAUUUAGGGGGAGGUCUCCUUGAGGAAGCUCUAGUCAAGAAAACCAUAACCUCCACUAACUUUGUCCAGUCUUCAUCCUGUCUACACCCCCUCUUCCCAUUCUCCUGAAACUGACACCAGUGUGCCAAGGGGAAGAAUUAUCAUUGGGUGCCUGAGGGAUUUAGAGAUUAUCUGUUGAGGAAGUGAGUCACAAUACUUGGAUGUCUGUGUGUGUGUGUGUGUGUGUGUGUGUGUGUGUGUGUGUGUGUGUGUGUGUGUGUGUGUGUGUGUGUGUGUGUGUGUGUGUGUGUGCAUGCACAUGUGCGAGUAUCCCAAACUCAAAGUGAUAGUGAUGUGGUAAGCAUUAGCCAGCAUUUAUCAAGUACAGUACAUGAUAAUACAUCACUGUGUUCCCACCCUGCUCUCUCUCAGGCCUGUGUUCCACUGUGGAGGAGAAAUGGUUGCAGACUCAGGCUUUGUGGGCAGUGAAGGAUUUCCAAGCUACUACAAACCCAACAGCAAAUGUACCUGGCGCAUUACAGUGAGUCACUGGCCCUGCACUACAUAUCACUUCUCCAUUACUCUGUAUUUAACCUACAGAUUGACCUAAAUGCCUGUUCUGCCCUCUCUCUAAACUUCAGGUCCCAGAGGGCAAUGUGGUCAUGCUCUCUUUCCGCAUCUUCGACCUGGAGGCUGACCCCAUGUGUCGCUAUGAUUACCUGGAUGUGUAUAAUGGCCACUCCAACAUGGUGCAAAAGCUGGGGAGGUUCUGUGGAACGUUCAGGCCUGGUACUCUCAUCUCCACCACCAACAACAUAAUGCUGGAGAUGGUGAGCGAUUCUGAGACUGGAGGGAGGGGCUUCCUGGCUUAUUUCAAUGGAGGAAAACCACAUGUGGAUGGUGAGCUUUACAGUAUAACUUGGUCUCUCACUCUCUGUCUUUUCGAAGGAACAACAUCUUUCUGAUUUCCUAUGUCCAUUAGCUCACAUACUGUAACGUAGGCUUAUACCACUGUCAAAUCUUUUAGUCACUUUAUUAUUUAUUGAUCUGUAUAUGAAUAAUUAUUUCAGAGCACCAAUUCUGUGGAGGCAAGAUGACAAAAGCCCAGGGUGAAGUUAAAACACCUAACUGGCCUGAGAAGAAUUACCCAGCAGGCAUCAGUUGCUCCUGGCUCAUCACAGUAGAGCCAGACCAGGUUAUUACUCAUCAUGUUCAGCUUUCCAUGCUCUUUAUUCUACAUGGAGUUCUGCAAAUGAUGCACAAACCACAGAACUGAAUGUGCACCUAUAUGCAUAAAUAUAUUUGAGUUUCAAGUGACAUUCAUAGUGAGUAAUGUUGCUGUAUUUGUAUAAUCUGUUUAUUUCUGUAUGUGGGCUAGGUGAUUGAGGUGAAGUUUGAUAAGUUUGAUAUGGAGUCAGACAGUUACUGCCGCUUUGAUUAUGUGGCCUUCUUCAACGGUGGAGAAAAAGAUGACUCUCGACGCAUUGGAAAAUACUGUGGAGACGUCAGCCCCCAGUGAGUGGUACACGACUGUAUGUGUGUUUGCCUGACUUCCUGUGUUUAUGAUUAUGCUUGUCUGUGGUCUAAGUCUAUGAUGAUAUAUUGUAUAUCUGUUUGUUUUUGUUACUCUACUCCUCUACUCUCUUCCAAUCCUCCCUCUGCAUCACUCUCUGCCCACAGAACCAUUGUGACCAAUGGGAACGUGCUCCUAGUGCAGUUUGUGUCUGACCUCAGCGUGACCUCUGAUGGCUUCAUGGCCAGUUACACCAGCGUCCCCCGCGGAUCCAGAACCCCCACAGUAGACAACACAGGAUCAGGACCCCGUACAGAGUCAGUCCCCAGGAAAUCUGCUGUCAAACCCAUCCUGCCUGAGAGAACAGUCAUCACCACCACUACCACCCAACCACCCACUACAGCCAGACACCAGGCCCCCCCAACCCCACAGCCCCAGGAGCCCACUGCCAAGCCCAAACCAGUCAAACCAGUCAGGACUCGCCUACCAAACAAGCCAGGCCCAGACAGGACCAGAGUUACUAGACCAGACAGCAAGAGGCCAGGUAAGAGAAGCUGAAGCACUGGUGUAGCGAGAGCUGAGUUUAUGCAUACACAUGUCUGUGUGUUUGUGUGACUGUGUGUGUAAGCAAUGUUUGUAUUUUCUAGUUCCCUUGAACCCACUGUGUGCAAAGGCAUGUAAGAGGGAUGGAAAUAUCAAGAGCAGUUUCUGCACCAGUGAAUUUGGUGAGUUCCAUUAGACAGCUAGCAUCAUUGGAUAGCCAAAUUAUUCAAGCUUAACAUCUGUACUAUCAUUACACAGCAAUUUUAAGUUCACAGCAUUGCUCAGGCAAUUAAACUAUAUCUCUCUCUCUCAGUGAUCACGGGAAAGGUGACAGAGCUGACCCCUGGUCCUCAGGGCAGUAUCCAUAUUAGUGUGUCUCUCAUCAAGGCCUACAAGGCUGGCCGGCUGACCAUCACCCAGGCUGGAGAGAACAUGUCUGUCAAACUGGUGUCAGCCUGCAAGAAGUGCCCUGUCAUCCGCAGAGGUAACCAAUUAUUAUUAUUAUUAUUAUUUUUGUCAUUUAGCAGACGCUCUUAUCCAGACCGACUUACAAUUAGUGAGUGCAUACAUGUUGUUGUUGUUUUUUCAUACUGGCCCCCCGUGGGAAACAAACCCACAACCCUGGCGUUGCAAACGCCAUGCUCUACCAACUGAGCUACACAGGAUUUUUCUUCCCAGACAAUCUGACUGGCAUAUACAACAUUAUGCAAACACAUACAUGUACACACACAUGCAUGCACAGAUGCACACACACUGCUGACUUAUCAGCAUAGACUGUUGUGUCAUCAUAGACGGUAUUGCUGGAUUGCCUAAUAAAUGCAUUUUUGAUCAAUCUCUUUCUCAGGAAUGCCUUACAUCUUGAUGGGCCAGGUUGAUGAGGAUGGGAGUGGAACAAUGGCUCCUGGGGCUUUCACUGCCCCAUAUAAGGCCCCGCAUCACAAACUGCUGACCAAUAUCAACAACCAACCAUGCUAA